UCAUGUGAUGACAAAAAAAAACCCCAAACCCUGUAACAUUUCAAACUGGCACCUUUCGUUAUGUAAGGCGCGCCGAAGACAAUGUUUGAUUGUGUUUCUCGUGAUUACCUCCCUCGUUUAUUGAAAACCAACUCACGUUCGCCACUUUUAAGCCUUGCGCUUGCGCGUAACGGAGCCGGGAGCUGUCCAAGUGCUGAAAUAAGAGAAGGCGUUCCACUCCCAUUCCUCAACAGAGGGAUGGUCCUCCACCUGAAGAGACAGAUUUCACUUCACCAGUAACCACACAGGCCAGCGCGCGGGGGGGGGGGUGUUCGUCUCCUGUGAGAUCUGAGCGCAGCGGACGAGCGGAGAGCUCCCAGCCGACGCGUAUUUGGAGUUCUUUUUUCUUUUUUUAACCAUCUCGGCGCGUCCGUCCACACCACAGCACUGAUGUUGCCUCGCACCUCCGCGCCGACGAAUCUGCUUUUGGGAGUCAGAGUUUCGUGAAACUAAACUAUGAUCCGUGGCCGCGUUGAGGAAUGUCUCCUGUAUUUUUGUGUGCCACAAGAGCAGCCAAACGCCCACGACUUACUGGUCAGGAAGAAAGCGGCGCCCCGAUUUGGAUUAUGUGUUUGACCAAUGUAAACAUAUGGGAGAAAUAGAAAAGUGAGCACAUGGGAAACCCACCAGGAAUGAAUCGCUCCUUUAUUAAGGUUCUGGCAGCUUUAUUCACGUAUUUCAUGGAGACAAACAACUUCAGAGUUGUGGAUGCCAAGGAGCACGAUUCCAGAUCAUCCUCCAACCUGUCUCCAUCAGACUUUCUGGACUCCCUCAUGGGUCGCACGUCCGGGUAUGACGCACGCAUUCGACCAAAUUUUAAAGGUCCUCCCGUAAACGUUACAUGCAAUAUUUUUAUCAACAGUUUCGGCUCUGUCACAGAGACAACCAUGGAUUACAGAGUGAAUAUCUUCCUGCGGCAGAAGUGGAAUGACCCUCGGCUGGCUUACAGUAAAUACCCAGAUUCCUCCCUCGACCUGGACCCGUCCAUGUUGGACUCCAUAUGGAAGCCUGACCUCUUCUUCGCCAACGAGAAAGGAGCCAACUUCCAUGAUGUCACGACAGACAACAAGCUGCUGCGGAUCUUCAAGGAUGGGACUGUCCUCUACAGCAUCAGGUUGACUCUCAUUCUGUCGUGCCCGAUGGAUCUGAAGAACUUUCCGAUGGACGUCCAAACUUGUACGAUGCAGCUGGAAAGUUUUGGCUACACCAUGAAUGACUUGGUCUUUGAGUGGCUGGAGAACGGUGCAGUGCAGGUGUCAGAUGGGCUAACACUGCCGCAGUUCAUCAUGAGGGAAGAGAAAGAGCUGGGCUACUGCACGAAACACUACAACACUGGUAAAUUCACCUGCAUAGAAGUUAACUUUCACCUGGAGAGACAGAUGGGUUACUACCUGAUCCAGAUGUACAUUCCGUCACUCCUCAUCGUCAUCCUCUCCUGGGUGUCGUUCUGGAUCAAUAUGGAUGCCGCUCCUGCCAGAGUGGCGCUGGGCAUCACCACUGUGCUUACCAUGACCACCCAAAGCUCCGGAUCCAGAGCUUCUCUUCCAAAGGUCUCUUACGUGAAAGCCAUUGAUAUCUGGAUGGCUGUGUGUCUGCUCUUUGUAUUUGCUGCAUUGCUAGAAUAUGCUGGGGUUAAUUUUGUCUCCAGGCAACAGAAAGAGUUCCUUCGCCUGAGGCGAAGACAAAGGAGGAAUCACAAGGAUGAUGACAUGCGUGAAGGCCGCUUUAAUUUUGCUGGCUACAAUAUGAGCCAGUGUCUGCCAACAAAAGACGGCUCAGCUGUCAAGAACGCUGCUCCAGUUCCGAACCCUCAACCAUCAGUCCCCAAAGACAUAGACACCAUGAAGAAGAAGUUUGUGGACAGAGCCAAGAGGAUAGACACUAUCUCCAGGGCCGCCUUUCCUCUGGCAUUCCUCAUCUUCAAUGUCUUCUACUGGGUCACCUACAAGAUCAUCAGGCACGAGGACAUCCACAGCAAGUAAAAGACUUCUGCCGUCUACAAACAUUAUUUAUUCUUCAUUUCUCAGAUUGAGAAAUGCUCGGGAAGCACAGCGAGGCGUAUGGGACUGUGCGUUGAGAGGCACCAUGGUGAUGACGGCGGUGUUCUUUCAGGGAUAAUGUAAAAUGUUCAUGCCUCAUACAGUAAUGUUCUGAUGAUGUGAACAGCUCUUGAGACACAGAUGCUUUUUGUUGUUGUUGUUGUACUGCUGCAUAAUAUUUCCUGACAAAUCUGGGAAAAUGGUUUUAACUCAAGGCUUAGAAACACGCUGGAGAGAACGGACCAAUUCAAUCCUGCCUUGACUUCAAACAAGGUACAAAGAAACAUUCCAUUUGGAUUUGUAACUGUAUGGUAGCUUAGUCAGACCCUCAAAGACUUUUUGUGAUCGUCAAAAGGGUAUUUCUUAUCGAGGAUGUUUGGGGAUGUUUUGUAUUGUACUAUUGUCACGGCACUGGCUCUCUGUUUAUACAAAAUUAAGCAGCAAAAGUAUGAAAUCCACAGGUGACGAGAGCACAUCCUUCAGACAUUAGGCAGUAGCACACAUUUUAGGCGCGAGUGAGAAUAAAGCAGAUGAAAAUCUGGAACCGGGAAUUGGAUACUGAAUUUUUAUGAAAUACCUGAGGCCUUAGAUAUCAAAGAUUUGGUGAGGUGAAUUGCAGUGCUUCUCUAUUUUUUCCAAGCAUCUCCUCUUGUUUAAGACGAACGCAACAUUUGAUCUUUUCUACCUGUGGCCGAACAGACACCCAAAGGUACCUCUCGUUGUUUCUCUAAGUGUAUUAUAAAUCAUAUACAUGGACGACUGAUGUCACUUGAAGUCAGUGGAAGUUUAUUCAGCUGUUUUAAAAAGUCGCACAUUUUUCCUUUUCAUGCCGAAAAUAAUUUAUCGAACAUGAGUUUAUAAAAGUAUACCGGCCACUUAUGAGCAAGUGUAUAGGUAAGCCUACAAACUGUGAACAUGCACUGCGUUACUCAAUGUCGUCACAUGCCCGUAUCCACACGAGUUCAUUUAUAUUCCAGGUAAAUACUCCAGGUAUAUUAGAUAUGGUUUUAGAGCUUGACACUAUGUUUUUUGUAGAUUUAGUCAAAUAAAGUAUUUAUUGUAAUGGAGGAAAGUUUAUGUUUAUGAAAAAAAUAGCUUUCUGUAUACUUCUUCAAAACCUAUGCUGUGGACUGUUUUCCUUCACUUAACGUGUUUGUUUGCUGGAUGUUUGAAGAUGGAUUCAGCAGUGAAGGACGGAUCUGCAUAAUAUCCAUGGUACAGAGCAGCUAAUGGUCCUUGCACUCCUGAUAUACUGUGGUGAAGAACUCCCUUCUUGAAUGCUACUCCUCAUAAAGAUUAUUUACUGGUCUGUACAUCAAUAAAAUUGACUGUGCACCAUA